AUGGCGGCUUCUGGUCCAGGGAGCCCACUGUCCAGGGCCCUGGUCCCCAGCAAACCCGGGAGUGUCGCGUUAGCCGUUCCCAAGGGACCCAAUGGAGAGACCGAGGAAAAAAGGCCGAAAAAACAGGUGCUGUCGGAAGAGGCAUAUAUACAGGUAAGAAAUAAAUGAGCAGUAUACAAUACAGGGGAUGGGUGUAGGGCAGGAAAGAGAUCCCUUUAAACAUAUAAUGCAUAGAGGAGAGAGAGAUCCCCAACAGGCAGUUAUUUAAGUAAUUAUAUAAUGGAAGAGAGACAGUUCUUAAAAGUUUUAGACAGAAGCAGUGGAGGGGAAAUACGCAGUGAGUGUGAGACCUUUCCUAGAAGUUGGAGAGAGACACGGAGAGGGUGAGACCUGUCCUAGUAAACUGGGACCGAUGUGUCGAGGGCGAGACUUAUUCUUUAAAAUGGAGACAAAAGGAGUGGGGGGCACUAUAAAGUGAGCGUAAGACCUUUACCAAGAAGACGGAGACAGACGCGGUGAGGGUGAGACCUUUCCUAGAAGACGGAGACAGAUGUGGUGAGGAUGAGACCUUUUCCUAGAAGACGGAGACAGAUGUGGUGAGGGUGAGACCUUUUCCUAGAAGAUUGAGACAGAUGUGGUGAGGGUGAGACCUUUUCCUAGAAGACGGAGACAGAUGAGGUGAGGGUGAGACCUUUUCCUAGAAGACGGAGACAGACGAGGUGAGGGUGAGACCUUUUCCUAGAAGACGGAGACAGACGAGGUGAGGGUGAGACCUUUCCUAGAAGACAGAGACAGACGAGGUGAGGGUGAGACCUUUUCCUAGAAGACGGAGACAGACGAGGUGAGGGUGAGACCUUUCCUAGAAGACAGAGACAGACGAGGUGAGGGUGAGACCUUUCCUAGAAGACGGAGACAGACGAGGUGAGGGUGAGACCUUUCCUAGAAGACGGAGACAGAUGUGGUGAGGGUGAGACCUUUUCCUAGAAGACGGAGACAGAUGUGGUGAGGAUGAGACCUUUUCCUAGAAAACGGAGACAGAUGUGGUGAGGAUGAGACCUUUUCCUAGAAGACGGAGACAGACGAGGUGAGGGUGAGACCUUUCCUAGAAGACGGAGACUGGCGUGGUGAGGGUAAAAUGGUUGGAUUGCCUCUGUUAAAUUGGUUCAUCCUGGAAUUAAAAUAAAUGAACACACAAGAAGCUAACUUCAGGAUUUUAUAAUUGUGCUUGUUAAUAUACAGUGAGGGAAAAAAUUAUUUGAUCCCCUGCUGAUUAAGAAUGUUUGCAUACUGACAAAGAAAUCAGUCUAUAAUUUUAAUGGUAUUUGUAUUUUAACAGUGAGAGACAGAAUAACAACAACAGAAAAACGCAUGUCAAAAAAUGUAAUAAAUUGAUUUGCAUGUCAAUGAGUGAAAUAAGUAUUUGACCCCUUCGACUUAGUACUUGGUGGCAAAACCCUUGUUGGCAAUCACAGAGGUCAGAGAAAUCUCAGGAGGGAUGUUGUCCCACUCCUCUUUGCAGAUCCUCUCCAAGUCAUUAAAGGACCACUAUAGUGCCAGGAAAACAUACUUGUUUUCCUGGCACUAUAGUGCCCUGAGGGUGCCUCCACCCUCAGGGUCCCCCUCCCGCCCGGCUCUGGAAGGGUGAAAGGGGUAAAAACUUACCUUUUUCCAGCGCUGGGCGGAGAGCUCUCCUCCUCCGAUCCUCCUCUUCUCCUCCCCGUCGGCUGAAUACUUGCAGCGAAAACCAAGAGCCUGGCAGCAUUCAACGAUCUAGAAAGCAUUAUCAAUGCUUUCCCUGAAACGCUUUAGCGAUACUCUCACUGUAGAAAAAUCACAGUGAAACUGCGCAUAGCGCCUAGCGGCGCUGUCCAGCCAAGACAGCCACUAGAAAUAGAGGAAAGCUUAACCCAUUAUUCGCCAAACAUAGCGAUUUCUCUGGCUGCUGUAUUUUAUGAAAAAUAGGUUGGCACCUAAGAGACCUGGCACCCAGACCACUUCAUUAAGUUGAAGUGGUCUGGGUGCCUAGAGUGGUCCUUUAAGGUUUCGAGGCUGACGUUUGGCAACUCGAACCUUUAGCUCCCUCCACAGAUUUUCUAUGGGAUUAAGGUCUGGAGACUGGCUAGACCACUCCAGGACCUUAAUGUGGUUCUUCUUGAGCCACUCCUUUGUUGCCUUGGCUGUGUGUUUUGGGUCAUUGUCAUGCUGGAAUACCCAUCCACAACCCAUUUUCAAUGCCCUGGGUGAGGAAAGGAGAUUCUCAUCCAAAAUUUGACGGUACAUGGCCCCAUCCAUAGUCCCUUUGAUGUGGUGCAGUUGUCCUGUCCCCUUAGCAGAAAAACACCCCCAAAGCAUAGCAUAAUGUUACCACCUCCAUGUUUGACAGUGGGACUGGUGUUCUUGGGGUCAUAGGCAGCAUUCUUCCUCCUCCAAACAUGGCGAGUUGAGUUAAUGCCAAAGAGCUUGAUUUUGGACUCAUCUGACCAUAAAAUGUUCACCCAGUUCUCCUCUGAAUCAUUCAGAUGUUCAUUGGCAAACUUCAGAUGGGCCUGUACAUGUAUCUAAAACCAAAUACCGCAAUGCUUAAGAAAUGGACCACCAAAACAAAAAAACAUCAAAGAGCGAGUGCAGCACUUAAAAUAUCUUGUUCAAACUUUCCCCUCUAUAAAUAUAGGGUAAUAUAUUCUCAUUGACAUGAAAUAUAAGAAUACAUAGUGCAACAAAGUUUUUAAAAUCACAAAUGUAAGCUUGUAGUGUAUAUAUGCUUACAAUAUUUUGAGCCUUUCAAACGAAAUGGCUCUGAACAUACACAUGUUAGUGUCUUUCUGGCGGCAACUGUACCUCUUCUGAUAAUCAGGAUCCUCCAGUCAGGUGCAUAAAUAAAGUAAAACACAAAAGGGAGCAUAUGAUAGUGGAAAAAUACCUUUAGGAUUAUAAUACAUGGAAGUGUAGGCAUAUAAAAAGUCUUGCUCACCUUUACCUGGAGCCCAUAGAAUGCAGGCUCCAAGUUUUUGCACACAUUGCCAGAUGAGUGGCAAUUCCCCCUUUAAUCCAACCCAAGGAAAUAUGAUGUAAGGCCAGGAAUGUGGUUUGUUACAAUAGUAUACCACUUUAAUUAUACAAAAUAAAAAUAGAGUAAUACAUACAAAAUAGAUAUUAAAAUCCUGCAGACCUGUACAUGUGCUUUUUUAGAGCAGGGGGACCUUGUGGGCACUGCAGUAAUUCAGUCCUUCACGUUGUAGUGUGUUACCAAUUGUUUUCUUGGUGACUAUGGUCCAAGCUGCCUUGAGAUCAUGAACAAGAUCCUCCCGUGUUGUUCUGGGCUGAUUCCUCACCGCUCUCAUGAUCAUUGAAACUCGACGAGGUGAGAUCUUGCAUGGAGCACCAGACCGAGGGAGACUGACCGUUAUUUUGUGUUUCUUCCAUUUGCGAAUAAUCGCAACAACUGUUGUCACCUUCUUACCAAGCUGCUUGGUGAUGGUCUUGUCCCUGGCAUCCUUAGACAGCUUUUUGGUCUUGGCCAUGGUGGAGAGUUUGGAAUCUGAUUGCUUCUGUAGACAGGUGUCUUUUAUACAGGUAACGAGCUGAGAUUAGGAGCACUCCCUUUAAGAGAGUGCUGCUAAUCUCAACUCAUUGCCUAUAUAAAAGACACUUGGGAGUCAAAAAUCUUGCUGAUUUAUAGGGGAUAAAAUACUUAUUUCACUCAUUGACAUGCAAAUCAAUUUACAACUUUUUUGACAUGUGGUUUUCUGGAUUUUUUUGUUGUUGUUAUUCUGUCUCUCACUGUUAAAAUACACCUACCAUUAAAAUUAUAGACUGAUCAUUUCUUUGCUAGUGGACAAAUGUACAAAAUCAGCAGGGGAUCAAAUACUUUUUCCCCUCACUGUAAAAGUUAGGACUGAAUAAAAAAAAAAAUCAAAAUUUCCUUUGUUUAAAAUAGAUGCCUAAUGUCAGAAUAAGUUAGAUCACAUAUAUAUGCUUUUCUUCACAGAACUUGCAGAAAAUCAUUCAAAGAGAUUUCUUCCCAGAUGUGGAGAAACUUCGAGCUCAGAAGGAAUAUCUUGAAGCAGAGGAGUGUGGUGACCUAGAGAAGAUGAGGCAGAUAGCCAUCAAGUUGGGUACUUCAUCUUUCAAGUCUUCCCAAGAUACACCAUUGCCAUGUAAGCAGUUUUCAGUAUUAUGUAUAUUCCAAAUUUUCUUAUAUCGACGACAUUUUCUACACGCUUGA